GAAAAGCAAAAACCCUUUGGCUUUGACAGCCACCGCCACAAGCCUUUCCGCCUCCCCAGCCUUCCUGGGUGCUGGGAGCCCGGAGCUGGAUUUUGGUGGCCUGAGUAGCCGACGCAGCCCAGGAGCCGGGAGUCCCUGUCGGUCCCCACGCUGCAGAAACCGCCUGGGAGAUCCCGAAAGCUGCGGGCUCCGAUCGCCAUGCCCGCCCCUCCCAGCCCUCUGAGGGGCCCAAACCCCAAGCUGAGGCUAGCGGCCGCCUUCCAGAUGUAGCUGGGUCCGGGGUCGCCACCAUUCUCUCCUCUCGUGCGCUGUGGAUUUCUCCUGCCCACUCUCCGCCGCCUGGACGGGGAACUGAGUGAGGGGCCUGCAGACCAUCUGCAGUUCUGAUGCCUCCAAGGCCGCUCUCCUGAGAGAAGCCAACACCACCCUGACUUAGGGGCAAGCAACAGGGACAGUCGCCGACCGGAGAGCCACAGGCCCGGGCUCACCAUGGCCCCGGCCCUGCGUUGGCUCCUGCUCUGGGUGGGCUCGGGAAUGCUGCCUGCCCAGGGCACCCAUCUAGGCAUCCGGCUACCCCUUCGCAGCGGCCUGGCAGGGCCACCCCUGGGCCUAAGGCUACCCCGUGAGACCGACGAGGAGCCCGAGGAGUCUGGCCGGAAAGGCAGCUUUGUGGAGAUGGUGGACAACCUGAGGGGCAAGUCUGGCCAGGGCUACUAUGUGGAGAUGACCGUGGGCAGUCCCCCACAGACGCUCAACAUCCUGGUGGACACAGGCAGUAGUAACUUUGCAGUGGGAGCUGCCCCACACCCUUUCCUUCAUCGAUACUACCAGAGGCAGCUGUCCAGCACAUACCGAGACCUCCGAAAGGGUGUGUAUGUGCCCUACACCCAGGGCAAGUGGGAGGGGGAGCUGGGCACCGACCUGGUGAGCAUCCCUCAUGGCCCCAACGUCACUGUGCGUGCCAACAUCGCUGCCAUCACUGAAUCGGACAAGUUCUUCAUCAAUGGUUCCAACUGGGAGGGCAUCCUAGGGCUGGCCUAUGCUGAGAUUGCCAGGCCUGACGACUCCCUGGAGCCUUUUUUCGACUCGCUGGUGAAGCAGACCCACAUUCCCAACGUCUUUUCCCUGCAGCUCUGUGGUGCUGGCUUCCCCCUCAACCAGACUGAGGCUUUGGCCUCGGUGGGAGGGAGCAUGAUCAUUGGCGGUAUCGACCACUCACUAUACAUGGGCAGUCUCUGGUAUACGCCCAUCCGAAGGGAAUGGUAUUAUGAAGUGAUCAUUGUACGUGUGGAAAUCAAUGGCCAAGAUCUGAAAAUGGACUGCAAGGAGUACAACUAUGACAAGAGCAUCGUGGACAGUGGCACCACCAACCUUCGAUUGCCCAAGAAAGUGUUUGAAGCUGCAGUCAAGUCCAUCAAGGCAGCCUCCUCGACGGAGAAGUUCCCAGAUGGCUUUUGGCUAGGGGAACAGCUGGUAUGCUGGCAAGCAGGCACUACCCCUUGGAACAUUUUCCCAGUCAUCUCACUUUACCUCAUGGGUGAGGUCACCAAUCAGUCCUUCCGCAUCACCAUCCUUCCUCAGCAAUACCUACGGCCAGUGGAAGAUGUGGCCACGUCCCAAGACGAUUGUUACAAGUUCGCCAUCUCACAGUCAUCCACAGGCACUGUUAUGGGAGCUGUCAUCAUGGAAGGCUUUUACGUUGUCUUUGAUCGGGCGCGAAAGCGAAUUGGCUUUGCUGUCAGUGCUUGUCAUGUGCACGAUGAAUUCAGGACGGCAGCAGUAGAAGGCCCUUUUGUUACACCAGACAUGGAAGACUGUGGCUACAACAUUCCACAGACAGAUGAGUCGACACUCAUGACCAUAGCCUAUGUCAUGGCUGCCAUCUGCGCUCUCUUCAUGUUGCCACUCUGCCUCAUGGUAUGUCAGUGGCGCUGCCUACGCUGCCUGCGCCAUCAGCAUGAUGACUUUGCUGAUGACAUCUCCCUGCUGAAAUAAAGAGGCCCAUGGACAGAUGACAGAGAUUCCCCUGGACCACAUCUGGGUGGUUCUCUUUGGUCACAUGAGUUGGAGACAUGGAUGGUACCUGUGGCCAGAGCACCUCAAGACCCUCACCAGCCUGCCAAAUGCUUCUGCCUUGACAGAAAAGAGAAAGCUGGCAGGGUGGGGUAUAGGGCUUGUACCUGUAGCAAACAGGAGAGGAAGAAAGCAGCAUUCUGGUGGCAGGAAAACCCCUAGGCACCUCAAACUCGAGUUGGAAAUUCUGCAGCUUGAAGCUUCAGCCCUGACCUCUCUGCCCAGCAUCCUUUAGAUUUUUGAGCCCCAAGUAUAUUUUCCGGCCUUCCAGAAAUACUGGUGUCAUACCCAGGCUACCCGGCGUGUGUCCCUGUGGUACCCUGGCAGAGAAAGGGCCAAUUUCAUUUCCCUGCUAGCUGAAGUCAUCAGAAGAAAAUGCAGUCUGCCAGUUGCUUUAGUGAUAGGGAC